AUGAGUGGCGAUGAAAAUGAUCCGUCUGCUGAACCUUCGCGCAAGCGUGGUGGUUCAGCACUUUAUUCGGGCCCGCGUAAAAAGGUGACUUCAUCAAAUCCCCUUGUUCUCCAUGGUCGACACUUUGGUCGUACUGUGUUCGCAAUGUGCAACUAUCCUGCCCUCCUGACCGGAGGCAUACUCCGACUCGAAGAACUACAAGACUCACCAAUCGAGGACUAUCCAGCUGACGUUCGCAGAGAACACAGGGUAUUCUUGGAAUUAGUAGAUUCGUACCCCAGUCUUUUAGAUUGUUUGACAAAUGGUGAAGAAGAAGAUAUCAUUCACGUAGGAGAACUAAUGGGUAAAGGAGCGUCUGGUGCGCGAGGUGACGACACCAAGACUCUUAAAUCCGCUGUCCUCGAAUGGCUUGUCCCUAGAGGACAGGCACUUAUACCGCCUCUCUCCCGAAAUAUCAAGUCGGACCGUGGCUUCAAUCACGAAGUAACUGGUGCGUUGCUCUGCCCGGCAGGCCUUGACUGGUCGAAUGUGGAAACCAAGCAGAGCCUCAAAAGCGGUGAAACCGCAGUUCGUGGUGACCAGUGGCCGAUGUUUCUAUAUGCUGGGUAUGUUUAUGAUCCCGAAGAUCCUUGGACUGGUUUACUAAGGAGUGAGAUACUCAUCUUCGGUUUUAAGCAUGUUUUUACGUCUCCGAGCUCUGUGGAUAGGGAGCCAACAGCUACGCGCUCCGGAAAUGCAUAUCUUCACGGCAUGAAGUCUGUGACUAAAGGGUCCUUGGCUUAUAUUGCCACGCAGGUUCGGUUUUCAUUAAGCUCAUCAGCGGUAUUUUCGCGUACCGACACGGUUACGGACUCCGAGAACUUUUAUCAUAGUAUUCUUGAUCUGUUGGAAGAUCCUGAUGACAGUCAGGAAGUCGUUGACUUGAUGACGUGGUGGACUCGUCGCAUCUUCCCUAAUUCUUCCUCUUCGCAGCGAGGUACAAGCAAAAACAGCGCGCUAUCCAAAAUUCGGGAGAAGCGCGCUGUCCUUCAAGAACAAGCUGCUAUAGGCACUACUUAA